CCCCUCCCUGCCGUUCCUGCCCAGCCUGAAGGGAAAGUCCAGCUCACUUCAACCUGAGUCUGUCUGAGAGCAGCUGUUCGCUCCACAGCUCGUCUUCAUCGUCUCCGUCCUCCUCUUCCUCAGGUGUCCUCCAUCAUGGCGGCUGCCUCCAAGUCCUCCCAGACGGCGAAGAACCUGCUGAUCGCCGUGCUGGCCCUCUGGUCCAUCAUCUCCCUCAUCGUGAUCGUGGUGUGGGCGACGUCUCCCAGCAUGAAGAGCUCGGAGCAGUGCCGCGCUGAGCUGCAGGACGUCACCGAGAAGAUGGAGGGGGCCAAGGUGGUGUACAACAAGAACAAGGCGGCUCUAGAGGAGAUGGUGGAGGCCGAGAGGGAGAAGCAGGACCGCCAGAGAGCCGAGAUCCUGGUGCUGCUGGGACGCCUCAACGCCACCAACGCCUCGCUGGAGGAGUGUCGGCAGGAAACCGUGGCCCUGAACAUGAACAUCAGCGCCCUGCAGGAGACGGUGGAGCAGCUCCGUCAGACGGAGGCGAACCUCACGGCUCAGCUCGGCCUGAAGGAAGACCAGAUCGACAUCCUGCAGCAGAACCUGACCCUGGCCUUCCACCAGACCGAGUCCUGUUUCAGUCUGAAGACGGCGGCUGAGAGUCAGAUGCUGGCGGCUCAGAGUCAGACCAAAGCCUGCGAGUCCACCCAGCAGUACCUGCAGAAACAGCUUCAGAAGUGUAAAUCCGUUGAAACCACGGCUCAGCAGCCGCAGCAGCAGCAGGACCCCCCCCUCCCCACCAAGACGUCCGCCGCCUCGCCCCUUGCUGGUAUUCCCGCUCUGGCGCUGCUCGUCUGCAGCGCUCUGCAUCUGAUAACCUGAGUUCAGUGCGGCGGACAGUCGUUUCGGCGGCGAGCACUGUGGUCCAGGACGGGGGCGGAGCCUGGACGGACUUUAUGACUGCUGUACAAACUUCCUGUCUACAUAACAAACAAACAAACAAAACAAACAGAUCGCCAUGGAGACGCUGACAUCACACUGUCGUAUGAUUGGACACAAACUCUGCUUUAAGUCGAACAGCUGAGACGUUCACUGACCGUUAGAGACUCUACUGCUCUACUGCACCACUGUUUCCUCACAGCUACACAGAUCAGCAUCUCUACUUCCUGCCUCUGCUGGUUCUACUUCCUGCUGCUGGUUUCCACUUCCUGCUGCAAGUUUCUACUUCCUGUUGCAAGUUUUUACUUCCUGCUGCUGGUUUCUAAUAUUUUAGUCCGUUAAGAAAAAACAUUUUCCAAAGCCUGCAUCAGUUUUUAGACUGGCUUCACUCCACAUCAGCUGAUUGAUCACAGGAGAACUUUCCGUUCAGAUUUUUUCUGUACAUCUGACAGAUAUUUUCCUUACAGAACAACUUGCAGGUUGGAGAUCCCAAGUCAAGUCAAUGUUAUUUAUAAAGCAGCAAUUCACAACAGAGGUUAUCUUGAGGCUUCUGUACAUACAGAGCAGGUCUAGACCGAACUCUUUAUCUUAUAAAAUUUACAGAGAGAAACCCAACAGAUCCCACCAUGAGCAGCACUAGGCGACUGUGGAGAGGAAACACUUCCUUUAAGAGGCAGAAACCUCGAGCAUCUGCCUCGAUCGGUUGGGUUUAAACGUACAGAUAUUAUAAGAACUGGAUUUUCAAAAAAUACACUGAUAUAAAGAUUACAGUGACGUCUGGAGCUGUAAAAACGACAAACAGGAAGUGAUGUAACACAGAGGAGACCGAGUCAGAGCGAGUUUUGAAACUGAUGAGGCUGAAAAUGUAUUUACAUUUGUGCAACCUGCACACAGGUAAUUCAGCAUGAUCACAGAUGGAUAUCACCAAAACAUAACAUAACCUUAUGUGACGUAGUAUGAGGCAGUGUUGAGCUGAAAACACACUCCUCCUCUGAAGUUUUAGAUUCAUGUCUUGGAAAACAAAGAAACACACGAAUUAACUUUUCAGACAAUGUUCAGUAGAAAUUUCUUUAAAACCUGCAAGUUGCUCUGUAACAAUCAAUUGUUCAGUGAAUUAAACCUCAGAACAGUUUUGAGUUCACUGUCACAGAAAAAUAAUAUCAAAUAUCAUCAGAGAAUCAACUGAUCAUUUCAGCUGUAGAGUAUUGAUCAGUGUCUGAGGAAAUGAUGCUGCUGUUAUGUACAGUGGAGAGCGCCCUCAGGAGGUUAAAGCUACUACUACAACUACUCCUCUGAAAUCACAGAGUCGUGUUAAAUAUCAGAUCAAUAACUGAAUGUGAUCAGCAGGGAUUUAAAGAGAAGCUGCACCUGAAUCACAGGUGGAUCCAGAGUCUGAGUGGAGGGAAGCAGAUCUGAACUCUGAUGGAGGAGUCGGAUCAGCAGGGACGAUGAGUGAAGCUCAAAGCCACUUAUUUCCUAUUAAAACCACGUUUACACCUUCAGUCUGACGUGAGUCUGGAUCAGGGUCUGAUCCGGAUCAGGGUUUUACAGUCAGGAGUAAACGUGUGUGUCAGUGUGUGAAUGAAGUAUUUUCUGCUGUUUGUUUUUUUAGUGUUUUGUGCUUUUUAUGACAAACUCACAGCUUGAAGCUCCGACACUGCAGCAGAACGACGACUCGACUUUUAGAAGCUUUUUUAAAUUUUAUCUGAUGCUGGUUUGGGAUAUUUCUUUGGGGGGUGGGGGGGGUGGCCUCAGGGGACAGGUGAUUAUGUUGAUGAUAUUAAUAAACCUGAGGAGUUUGUAAGA